AUGUCCAAAAUUCCCAAAGAAAAGGACUCGGACAGUUUACUCGCGAGGACAGAAAAGAAAGCCAUCAAGACCGCAACACUACUUUGGAAUGAGAUCCCACACUGGCUACAAGACAACCACUACAUCAUCAGCGGCUACCGAUCACCAUCCAAUUCGUACAAGAAGUCCGCUGCAAGUAUAGGACAUCUCCACAAUGAAACAGUCAACAUCUGGACGCACCUCAUAGGCGCGAUACUGGCGGCCUGCACUGCGAGCAUCAUGUACUUCAACAUCAAGCCACGCUUCGAACUAGCCACGGUAGAAGAUGUCAUUGUCUUUGCCUGUUACUUCCUGGGUGCCUUCCUGUGUCUUGGUAUGAGUGCCACGUUCCAUACCAUCUCAAACCACUCCGAGGCUGUUCAGAAGUUCGGCAACAGACUUGAUUACAUCGGGAUCGUAGUCUUGAUCUGGGGCUCUUUUAUUCCUGCCAUAUACUAUGGUUUCGCUCUCGAGCCAAGGCUGAUCCAAGUGUACUGGUCUAUGAUCACGACGAUUGGAGCUGGGACUCUGGUCGUUGUACUUUAUCCCAAAUUCAGAACACCGGAAUGGAGGCCAGUUCGAGCUUUGAUGUUCGUGUUGAUGGGUCUAAGUGCCGUAGUUCCGGUCAUUCACGGGCUUCAGAUGUACGGCUACGAACAACUCGAGCGACAGAUGGGUCUUUCCUGGCUCGUCGGUCAGGGUGUGAUGUACAUUACAGGAGCUGCGAUUUAUGCUGCGAGAGUACCCGAACGCUGGAGCCCAGGCAAGUUCGAUAUUUGGGGGAGUUCACAUCAGAUCUUCCAUGUGCUCGUAGUUCUGGCCGCUUCUGCUCAUUUUGUUGGCUUAAUCAAGGCGUUUGAUUAUCAGCACAAUGCUCGCUUUGAUGAUGGCGCAUUUGGCUCUGCUGCAUCGCUCGGGUUCUUUGCGUGGAGCUGA